CGUUAUUAGUAGUUAGCUAGAUAGUGCAGAGCUGCAGAUUCUAAUACAUUCCUAGUAAACAGAGGAGUAUUGCAUUCACGAAUGUACAGCAUGUGAUGAUUCCGCCCCUACAUUCUUUCUGGAGAUACAAGUGAACAUUCAGUAGCAUGCAAGCUAACUCCAAACAAUCAGGACAACUGCAAAAGUUCACACCAGGUGAUGGGACACCUAAAAUUCUGAGCCAAAACAUCUACCAGCAGUGUGUAUCAACUAAUUCUGGAAAAUCCUCAUAUCCAGGACAAGCCACCCCUGAAAAUUACUUAAAGGUCGCCUGUACCAUCCAGCAAACAAACAGUGAACAGAAUUUGACUAGUAGCAUUCAGGCAAAGCGUGCACAAGAAAAUAAGUUUCAUCCAAUAUAUACAGUGCCUACAGGAAAUCAGGACAGGAUUAUUCUAUGGAAUGUGCCUUCUAACUGUCAGAUAUUUGUACCUGUCCAAAACCUAAAUCUCCCAGUUGCUCCCACUGAUAAUCCUUUUAGUGGUUCAGAUUGUGCCUUUAAAUCAAAUAGCAGUUUGUAUGUGCAACAGAAAACUACCUCUUUGACAACUGGCCCAAAUAAUUCACCACAGGUUGAAGCAAAAACAAUAGACGCCAUAAGUCAUAAUGAAGCUAAAAGAGAUGUAAACACGAUCAAAUUUAACAACAGCCAGCAACAUGCAAAUGCUCCUAAUUUGACACCAGGAUCAUCUAAAACGAGGUUAAGCUUGCCAUCUGAUCUGAAAUACAAGCCAACAGAAAAUGCAUCUCAAAGUAAUUUAAGUGGAUGCCAUAACCAGGUAACUGUUCCUGAGAAGGCAACCCAUGCUUAUGUGCAAGCACUUUCUAUGUGUGUACAGAAUACUUCUGCACAGAGAGCUAUUGCGGUUGUCACACCAUUAUCUCCAAUAGGAACCACACCUGUUGAUGCUACGGACGAAUCUGCUAAUAUUAAAAUAUACGCAAGCUCUGUGCAAGAGACUGUACAACAUCAACCAAAUGUUCCACAUACUCUGGAGGCUAGCACUAAUCUAAAGGAUCAAACAGAAAAUAAAAAUGAACCAACAAGCGAGAAUCAACGACCAAAAUCCGAAGAGCCCAGGCUGAAUGAUGGAUGUGGAGCCAAAAGUCCUGUUGUGACUGCCAAAUCAGUUCUCUGGAGUCACUUGGCAAGUUUGCCGAAGCUUAAAGGUGUGGUAGCAGAACAAGAGAAAUCCAUGUCAGCUCAGAUGCAAACCGAGCCAAGUAAAAAGAUAAAUACCUGCACAAUCACAAAGAACAAAACCGUUGAAGCGGAAACUAUUCCUUUUAUUAAAUGGCCAUUAGAUCGGUUGCAAACCUUAACGAACAUGAUCCAGCAAAUUGAUAAUUCGCAUCAAAAGAAUGUCUACAAAAAUGAUGCUGGGAAGGAAAUCCUAAAGCUUUACUGGGAUGGGGAUUAUCGCAAGUUUCUGGAGGCUGUGCAGACUGGCAUAUAUGAAAAUGUAAUGGAGGAAGUUUUUCUUUACUCCUCUAUGAAAGAGCCUGUGAUAUUGAGACAAAUUAAAAGUGAGGCACGCAACAGAGUUAUCAAGGAUUUUCAGGCUUUGAAACACAACGAAGAGCCACCGAAAAUGACAUACACAUCAUCUUGGUUGAAUCUUAAUGAAAAUGUUGAUGACAUUGACAAGGAAUGUGGAUAUUCUUGGUUCUAUAGGUCUUGUCAAAAUUUUACAGAACCAACUCAAAACUAUACAACAACGACAUCAAGCAAAUUUCAAGAAGCUGCUGAAAUGCCGUCUACUCCUCCUUGGUGUAAACCAACAGCGGUGGAGAACAAAGUUUCAGAAGAAGCAACAUUAGAUAAUAAGACAACUCGUGAAAACUUGCCUGGUGUUAACAAUGGCCAAUCUCCAUCUGCAUUGGCUGUUAACUCGUCACCAAAAAUUAAUGGUAUGGUUAUAGAAAAAAACAAAAGUCAAACCAAUAUUACAAAAUCUCUGGAGGAUGUGACUACUGUUGUGAAGGAUUCAGAUCAGCAAGAUAUCUUGAAUGGAAUGUCCAGUUCAGUGAAUCAAUAUUGUAAUGAUGCUAGAGCAAAACAUCUUGUGUCACCAAAAUAUACCAACCAAAGUGACUGCACAAGCUCCCCAAAGCUCAAUCGUGAGUUUGCAUUCAUCCCGGAGGAAAAUUCAGCAUCUGCACUUCAAAGCGCAUUGCUCCCAGUCUCACCUUUAGCUCAACAUAAUCAGGAUACAGUGGAAAUAAGAAAAGAUGUCGGAGAUCAGUCAUUAUCAGACAAAAAUUUGUAUAGUGAUAGUCUUUGCAAAAAAUCUCCACCUGUGACUGAUAAUUGCGCAAUGAAGCCUAAUGUGGAUCACAAACAAGUUAUUUCCCAACCAGAUACUACAACACCACUGAAUGGCUUAGCAAAUCUGGUGCGGAUAAUCAAAAAACGUCAAGAUUCAUUAAAGUAUCAGAACCUGUCUGGAAAAAACAGCAGUUUGAAAAGAAAGCAUCAACCUUCAUCGUCACCACCAAGAUUGAAUGGAAGUUUAUGUAAUACUGCUGGAGCCAAAAGUCCUGUGUUUACUAAUGAUGCAUCAGGCCAAAGUGGCUGCACAAAUCCACCGGCACUUAGUCCUGAGGCUGAAGUACAGCGGAAGUCUGUGCCAUUAACUUCAGCGCAAAAAGGUUCUAGUCAAAUUUUACAUAAGACCAUUUCGAAACCUGGUCAACAACCUUCUGUAACAACAAAUGAAGAGGAGAUUGUUGAGAUGGAUACUUCAGCUCCUGUUGAGAUUAAAGUUCUUUCUUGUGAAAUGGCGCAACAAUACUUUGAACAAAACAUUACUACACCACCAAAAAAGACUGAUAACUACUCCCAAAAGAGCAGUAUGUUUAUGGAACAAACUAACAGUGAAUCAAACACCCUACAUCCACUCGACAACAUGACAAAUCUGGUGAGGGCUGUGGGAAUAAAUCAUCACAAAAGUGGAAGAGGUGAUGUUUCAAAAAGAAAGCAUCAACCCUUAACUGCAAAAGCACAACCAAAUGGGGGUUAUUGUAAGGAAGCAACAAGUCCAGAUAUUGAGGUGGACGGUUCAGCUUCUUUUACGAUUAACGUUCUCCCUCAUGAAGUGGCUAAGCAAUGCUUUGCUGGUGUAUUCAUCGAAGAUGAAGUCAUUUCUUCUGCGUUAGAGAAGUCCUGCUUGGUAAAUUCAAUCCAAAACACAACAACUACUAAAGGACAAAUAAGCAUGCCGAGGUUGGAAGAGACAGAUAACAAGUGCUCAUCAAAAGGUACUGUGGUUUCAGAACAAACCGAUGGUCUAGGUGAGGCUAUGGCAAGUCUGGGUGACAAUUUUUCUAAAGAAAACAAAAGUUCAGUGUUGCCUGAUAGAUCAAUGAACCAAAGUUGCAAUGAAAGUCCACCAAAACUUUGUCUUGCAAUUAUGGAACCAUCUCAAAUGCUAAAUGAAUCUACUGAUGACAUGCCUAUUCUUGACUGUGUGCUUAAUGAGGAGAGAGCUAGAUGUGAAACUGAUCCAAGAUGUAGUCAAGGACUUAACAUGGACACAAACGAAGAGAUUAACAAGAUUGAUGCUUUGGACUCUAUUCAAAUCAGUGUUCUUCCUCAUGAAAUGGCUGAGCUUUGGUUUGCUGGUGAGGCAGAAAAUAAGGACUUGAACAAUGACACUGGAGUUCAUAUUUCCACUAAGGACCAGAAUAAAGGUCAAGAUCUGGAGGUCAAGUUAAACAAAGAAGUAGUCCCAGAUGAUGUAAAACCAACGAGGAAAUCUCAAAGUUCAAGUAAAGAGGAGUUGGAUUCUUUCUGUUGUCUUGCUAAAUGGUUCCAAACAUUAGAGUUUGAUAAUGGCUCAUUGUGCAUGUGCAAAAAAUCAGAGUUGAUUGAAAAAGGGAGUAAACUCAUUCACGACUCCAGUUUGGAUGUACAAGUUAAUGAAGUAGAGGAAUGUGGACUGGAGAUUAAUUCUGAUACCACAGAGGAUUCUGAUACCACAGAAGAUUCUGAAAUGGAGUAUUUUGAAAUUCAAGAGGAUUCUGAAACCAAAGAAGAUGGUAUUCCUUUUCCAAAAGAUCCUACUAUGGACUGGACGGAGAAUAAAGCUGUUUCAAGAUCUGAAGAGGCUUGUAUAGAAGAGACUGAAACUUCAGAGCAGAGAAGAGACAAUUCACCUUUAAAAGGUGCAGCAAAUGCAAUCCUGAACCAUAAUGAGAUUGAGCAAGAUACCCAAGUUGCUGAUUUUAGAAUGAAGACCAGUAGCGUAUGUCUCGCACUAUAUGGGUCAUGUUCUGAAACGAAAAAAGAAGUGAUGCCAAUUAAAAGAUAUAAAGGGAUAGAAAAUUGUGAAGACCCUCCAGAAACUCUUCAAAUCACUAUAACAUCUAAUGAGAAGAUUAAAGUGCAAAGAAAGUCACAUAAAUGCAAAUCAGUGGAAUCCGAAGCUGGUGUGGAUGAAAAUGUGCCUUUCAAAAACAUGUCAAGGUGUGAAAACUUGCUAUCAAAUCCUAUUUCUGAAUUCCCAAAAAAUGCAAUUUCAUCCAUUUCAUUUAGAAAACGGUUUUGUCCAAGUGCUAAGGGAAAAUCUGAAGAUAAGAAGCGAAAGAGACAAAAGUGUACAACGCAACAAAUGUCAAUGAAUAAAUUUGUCAUCAGAGGAAAGAAUCUGGUGUCCAAACUACCGCAUCCACCUGCAAACGUACGGAAAAGUAAAUAUGAGUUGGGGAAUCCGGCAUUGAUGCCAUUGGAGGAGGGAACUGCUCUGGAAUUCAAAGUAUUGCCGGAUUCUUUUAACUUUCAAGAGGGAGCUGAACUCGAAAUGUCAUUAAGUACACAAAAUGCGACAUCAGUCCCCGAUGAUGAUGAAGCUAAAAGGAUGAAAAGUGGAAGUUCAACAACACAAGGUGUGUGGAGUUUCAGCCCCUUGAAGAAAAAGCGCACUCAGUCCAACCAGUCCACAGAUUUCAUAGGACCGUGUAGCCUCUUUCAAGAAUUCAAGAAGAAAUAUCAGGAAAAAAGGGAAAUCACCUUCAAGCAGACUUGAAUUGCAAAGAAAGACCUUUUUCCCCUAUUAAAAUCGAAACAAAUGGACUUUUGUCAUGUUUUUUUACUUGCUGUGAAAAUGAGAUACCUCAAAUGAAAGUGUUAUGACACAUUUUUUACUGUUUACAUGAACAUGAAGAUUGUGAUACAUUUUAGAUGCAUUAUUUGCACUCUGGUCAUCCAGUUCAGCGGCUGCUAAUAGCAAAGUUCUACUGUAUUUGUAUGAGUCUGCCAACUCUGAAAACUUGGUCAUGAAGGGCCUUUUAUUUUGUAUGUUAUGAUGUUUGUGAUUCUGUUGGUUUGUGAAUGUUAUUUUGUACAGUUUUUUUUUUACUAUGACUG